AUGUUGGUGGGUUGGCAGUGCUCUUCCCGCCGGAGUGAACGUCAAGCAAAAUAUCCAAACUUGAAUCCCGGCCCUUGUUCGAUGGCCCAUUUGAAAUUGUUUGUGGGUCGGCUCCUGUUUAGCUGAAUAUUUACUGCAAAGAUCCUCCAAGAUGAGUGACAAGCUUAUCAAUGACACUGAAACCGACACACUGUCACCGUUGGAGGUGUCUGCUUUGAUGAGUGAAGAUAUUGAAGAUUUAUGUCGUCUUUGUAUGUCUAACGAAAAAAACAAUACCGCUCUCGACAUGGUUGCGAUUGCAGACAAGUACCCAAACUCCAACAGAUUGAUAUCUUCACUGUUCUUUGAUGUCCUUCAGAUAAAUGUAGAUGACGAAGCUGCCUCAAGCAUGCCCCAGAAGUCAUGUAUGGAUUGUUUGAGUAAAUUGUACGCCUAUGCCCAAUUUAAGGAACAAUCUCAUAGUGUCGAUGCCAAAUUACGUCAAAUAGUUCUUAAAAAACGAAAAUUAGCUGAGGCACAAGCUUUGUAUGGCCCCGUCUUUGCAGAUCUGGAUGCUUCAUUCUCUUCUUCUUUUGAAACAGCUGGCGACAGAAGUCAUGAUAUCUGCUCACCCGGCCUUCCUACAGAAGAAGAUUUGAGAACACCUAAUCAGGAAAAGUCAUGCCUCAAGUUGCUCAAGGUUGAAGGAUCAUGGCAUGAUAAUAGUUUAACAGACGAUUCUGAAUCGAACAUAAGCGAAACUAAGAUAUUCAAUAUUCUGGAAAGCCUUCCAGAUUCCGGUCUACAAUGUAGUGAGGAGGAAAGCAUUGCUAAUGCUGCCAACUUUGUAACGGAAAUUUGUUCUACCAGUAAAACAUUAGACAAUCCAGUCAAUACUCCACACGCGAAAGGUGGCCUAAAGACCAGUAAAACUAAGUCAGCUGUUGUCAAUCCUUUAUCCUCUACUUGCACAACUGUCACCGGGACUCAAUCAGUUACUCUUGUCGAAAAUCAAACUCAAAACGAUGUUGCAGAUGACCCUUCGUGUCCUGAUGUUAUUCAUGAAAUUAUUGUACCUGAUAAUAGCACAGCUGAAGAAGAUUCAGAUGCUGUAGAUUUUGUACCUGAUGUACCUGUGUUUGAGGUUCUCUCUCCUGACAUAAUACCCUUAGACAGUGCCAUGAUAAAUUGUAGUUCUCGAUUACCAACUCCUGAAGUGUUUGCUAUUGUAGGACAACAAGAUGUGAAGCACCUUGGAUUCCGAUGCCCUCUUUGCAAAAAGGUAUUUCAUUCCCGUAUUCAAUUUAGAAAACAUGCUUCAUUUCAUGUUAGGUCUAAAGGUGGUGUAUGCAAAUAUUGUGAAAAGUGGUUUCAGACUAGUAAUGCCUUAUAUCGCCAUGAACGAAUUCAUUCUGGAGAGAAACCAUUUUUAUGUAUCUUAUGUGACCGUUCCUUUUCUCAAAGAGAGAUACUGCAGCGACACAUCUUGACACACACUGACAAUAAACCAUUUCAAUGUCAGCACUGUGAUAAGAGUUAUGCUCAAAAAAGUGGACUUGAUAGUCAUGUGAAAAACCACCAUAAACCAACCCUUGAAAUAUCACAGUACCCAUGUAUUCUGUGUGAUAAAGCCUUUUGCCAUCCUUCAGGAUUGUCUAGACAUAUGUUGACGCACUCUGGCAAGCAAUAUGUGUGUAAGUUUUGUAAGCGCAACUUCAGUGACUCUUCGGCAUUGAGAAGGCAUACUAAAAAACAACAUGGCUCAUUGCCAUGAAAUAUGACAUAUAUGGCAAAAGACAUCCUCAGUACAAACGAAGUGUUAAUUUUGGUAAUAUCUGUUGAUUUUGAAAUAAAAUUUAUCUAAUUGCAGAAGACUGAAAAACUCCUGUUAUUUUACAAGACCCCUCUGAAGCCAAAUGCCAUUUCACACCGUGACAAACCCUGUAGUUAAAAGUUGUUUUUUUUUUGUGUUCUUUUCAAUUAUCUAAAAUCUUUUAGUAUGAGAUUUAAUUUGUUGGGAUUUGAUUUGGAUUGUUAAAAGAAAUACACAAGAAAUAAGGCAACUCGGUCUUAUUGUUUAAUACCUCAUGUCAAACCAAUAAAAUACAAUAGUUAUGAGUA